GUUGCAGAGUUUGAUUGUCCUAAGGAGAUGGAUCCUGUCAAAAAUUUCUGAGACUGGUGGUCUGUAACAGAAAAGUAAAAUCAGAAUUCCAGUGGCAGUUUAAAGACUAACAUUUACUCUCCCAGCUUUCCUGAAGUAAGGCUUCAUGAAAACUUUUCCUGGAAUGAGCUUUGUCAGGAUUUAGGGUGCCCACGUCGAACUUGGGUGCUGUUUGGCUCCUGUCAGUUCAGCCAAGGGAGAAAGUACAAAAUAAGCACGAUACGUUUGAGCAGCAGUCAGUCUUUACCAAAGGGUUUAUUUUAAGUUUAUUAUGACAGAAAUCUUAUGACAGUGCUUUUCAUGGGAGGGAGAAAGACACGUUCUUAUCACUCCCCGCUCAGCAUGUUAACAAAGUCUCUGCUCCAUUACUGAGAGGAAGGAAGCGACAGUCACAAGCUUGAGGGCGGCGGAGAUAAGAGCGCCGUCACGGGGGAGGGAAGUGAAGCGCCGGAGGCCAUCUUGGUUAAAGGCACAAGAACUGCCUUGAUCCAACACGGCCUCGCCAGCCACCGCUUCCUCCUACGACGACGCCGUUGCUCCGCCGUCCUCAAUCCAGCGACUAUUCCCCAUUUCCCUCCUCCGGGCCGGUUUCCUCCCCGCCCCACAAACCCUACUGGCUCAUCGUCGCUCACGUGGCUUCCUUCGCGCGAGAGCCCCGCAACCUCUCCCCGACCCCCUUCCUCCAAGUUUAACCGAAAGAGGCGAUUCGUGGAGACGUAGCCUGGUGGGCGGGACAACGCGUGACAGGAGGCUAUGAAAUAUGAAUCCUGAAUUGGGAAACUAUAAAAGAAGGGGGAAAGAGCAGUUUUAACACCAUGUUUUGGAGCAGAGAUUGGUAAUGAUACUUUCCAGUGAAGCAAGACCUGCUUGAGAAUCAGUUUACUGCAAGAGGCUGCUGUGAGGAAGAACAUGUUCCUUUCUAGGCAAGCCUGCCUACAGAACUAUUUACCAGCGAGCACGGUUGGAACAGCGAUUUCAAGAUCUGCUAAAUGUUGCCGGAGCAACUCUUUAAGAAGGGUUGCCCAUCAGGAUGGCAAAUGCUUCUCUACCAGAAUAGUUCUAGGAAUCGAAACCAGUUGUGAUGAUACGGGGGCCGCUGUGAUGGAUGAAACAGGCAACGUUUUAGGUGAAGCGCUGCAUUCUCAGGGCAAGGUGCAUUUAAAAACAGGUGGAAUUAUUCCUCACGUAGCACAACAGCUUCACAAGGACAACAUUGCGCGGAUAGUACAACAAGCACUUUCUGUCGGUGGAGUUUGUAUGGAUGACCUCACCGCCGUAGCAACCACGGUCAAGCCUGGACUUGCAUUAAGCCUUGGCGUGGGGUUAGACUAUAGUUUAGAACUGGUGGAGAGGUACAAGAAGCCUUUUAUCCCCAUCCACCACAUGGAGGCUCACGCACUUACCAUCCGGGCAACCAACCGGGUGGAGUUUCCGUUCCUAGUGCUUUUGCUUUCUGGCGGCCACUGUAUGCUCGCAGUAGCAAGAGGAGUUUCAGAUUUUCUUCUCCUUGGACAAACACUAGACAUAGCACCGGGGGACAUGUUGGAUAAGUUAGCCAGAAGACUUUCUUUACAAAAGCACCCACCGUGUUCUGGUGCGAGUGGAGGAAAAGCAAUAGAAACCUUGGCCCAGCAAGGAAAUAAGCUGGGCUAUGAAUUCAAAGUUCCCCUGGAACGACACUUGAAUUGCAACUUUUCCUUUGCUGGACUUCAGACCAAUGUCACUAGAAGGAUUACACAAAAAGAAAGGGAAGAAGGCCUUCCGCAAGGGCAGCUGCUGUCCUGCGCCUCCGACCUUGCUGCAGCAAUUCAGCACACUCUCGCAGUUCACAUUGCCAAGCGAACACACCGGGCAAUUCUCUUCUGCGUACGAAAUGGCAUCAUACCUCAAAGUGAUGCAACUCUAGUGGCAUCCGGGGGUGUUGCAAGUAACCAGUAUAUCCGUAGAACUCUGCAGAUUGUAACGGACGCCACUGGCUUCUCUUUAUUGUGCCCACCUCCCAGGCUCUGCACUGACAAUGGUGUCAUGAUUGCAUGGAAUGGCAUUGAAAGGCUGCGUGCAGGAUUGGGUGUGCUCCAUAGCAUAGAAGGCAUAAAAUAUGAACCAAAAGCUCCUCUUGGAACUGAUAUCUCAGAGCAAGUCGAAAGAGCUGCCAUCCGAGUGCCAAAACUAAUUCUGACAGUCUGACAUUUGAUUGUUGAUGGUUGUUGUGGAUUUUCCGGGCUGAUAUUUGAUUGGUUUUGAAUAUUUGUGAAAAGGGAAUGCUGUUGCCAUCAAGCAGGGCAGUAUCUCUUUGCGGAGGAGGAUUCCAUAAUGGUUGCCGUUAUACUUACAUAUUCAAAUAUGUUACUAGUAGUUACAGGUAUUGUGAGCAGCAUGAUUUAUGAAGCCUAGACCUUACAAAGCUUCUGAAACCACCCUUUUCUUUUUUUGUUUGUUUAGCUUUUUUUAAAAAAAGGACAGAAUGUAAAAGAUGCCCGUCUAGUUAUAUAAGUUAUAUAGCAGAGGUGAUUUCAUCAGGUGCAACGUGAAAUUGUCUCCUGCACAACUUCUUGAAUUGCAAGAAUACUUCCGUCCUUUUCAUCCUGUCACCCUAGAGAGAGAAAAGAUCUCUGCAUCCCUAUUGCAGCCUGGGAUUAAAGGUGGAUGAAUGAGA